CCCGUGCUCAGUCCCGCAGAGUUUCAAUGGAGGAGCAGCAGCACCACAGACAGCGGGGAAAAAAGCGCCACAACCACACAGCUGCAGCGCCAUGGACCGGGGGAAAUCACACGGCACUCCGAGAGACAUCUGAACAAUGGUGUUCAUCGGUCCUGUGAGCUCAAGCUGCCGGAAACGCAGAAGGAGAAAACUGGAGGUCAAAGUUUACUAAUCGGUUUCAACCUGACUGUGAAUAAGACCAACUUGUUCCCUGAUGUUCCCCCCCAAAACGAGGAGGGUCAACUCGUAACAAUUUCUAACUCUCAAAAUGGAUGAGGAUCAUCACCAGACGACAUCGACUUCUGUUUUAAAGGUUAAAAACAUGCAUGAAAAGGAGACGGUGUUGUCUCUGAACGGAGAGGCGGUCCUCUGUCCCGGUUACAUUACGAACGGUUACUCGAGCAAGCCCGGCGCAGAGAACGACGGGAGCGGCUCGGAGAGCGGCUACACCACUCCUAAGAAGAGAAGGGCGAGACGCAUCAGCGCGAAAGGCACCGAGAACACGGGUCGAGACAAGGAGAAAGCGGCGAAGCCCUUUUCUAAGCAGGAUUCAGAACCGUCAAACCAGGAGGUGUCCGGGAAAAUGCUUCACUCUCGUCCUAACUGCACCAGGACUUUACUUAAACCGGAGGUGCACAAAAGGCCAAGCGUUCAGGACGCCGGCCCCAGGGGGGAGGUGCAGCGAGGCAACUCUGACAGCAAGACCUCCGUUAGUCUAGUUGGUAAAAAGACUGACGAUCGGGUCAGUAAAAGCAAACCUGUCUCCUCGGUGAACUCGAAAGAGGACUCGUGGACUUUAUUCAAGCCUCCUCCCGCAUUUCCAGUGGACAACAGCAGCGCCAAGAUCGUCCCGAAGAUUAGUUAUGCGAGCAAAGUUAAGGAGAACCUCAACAAAGCGACGCAGCUUGGCGCAGAGACGUCAGGAAAGCUCUUGCACGUUCCUAUGUCUGCUGUAAAAACUGUCAUGUCUGCUAGCUUAGCAUCUGUAGACGCUAACGGGUGUUACUCCGUGGAAACAUCGUUCAGUUCCGCUGCUGCUCUUAGCGGCGCACCUUCUUCCUCCUCGAACCAGGGUGAAGAAGAGGAGGACGUCGAGUCCGGCACGGAUAACGGUUGCAGUUCAUCAUCUUGUUCAUCUGCUCCGGAGCCACGGGAAUCGAGUCUUUUUGUUUACCUGCACACACCUUUAAAUAUGCAACCCCUUGCUGCUCAGACAAAUCAGAAGGCUCUCGGGGACAUCUUUCAGAACCAGUGGGGCCUGUCGUUCAUCAAUGAGCCCAACGCAGGCCCGGAAGGGAUGUCGGUUUCUCGUCCUGCCGCACCGUUCGAACUUUCAGAUGUCACGUUUCAGGAUGUUCCGUUCAUCCAUCCCUCGCCCGUCGUUUCUUUCCCGGCGCCUCAGGACGUUCAGAGAAGGACUAACGGGGCCAUGAAACCGUGUUUCGCUUCUCGCGCCACCGCCGGUCCAGAGUCUCCACAAACUCAGAUCGCCCACCAGGAGGAGUGUAAAGAGAAGCCCACAGGUUCAGGCGCCUCUCACCAGGAUGUGGACUCAGACUCUACAAGGAGUGCCGAGGGUUUGUCCCAUGUGCACGGCGUGAAAGAGAAGCGUGGGUCAGGAGCUCGGGGGUGGGGAUGGGCCGAUCUCCAGGCUGCCGUCUUUUACCACACUAGAGCAUUUGAUUAUCUUCUCAUUCUUCACAAGCAAGAUCCAGAAAAUGUAAUGUACUACGAAGAGGCCAUGGACAGACCUGAUCAUUAAAGGUGCUGAGUACCAGUACUACAUCUGCUCCACCUUGGGUGCUACAGUCAGAUCUGAUCCAGGAUCACGAACCAGAACUGAAAAAGACUUGUGAGAAGUGUGAAUAAUGGUGAUGAAGAGACUUGCUAAAUCUUUGGACUUCUGUGGGUUUGGGACUGCUCUACAGAGACGUUGCGCACAACUGCUACGCCAAAACCGGUUAAAGCGAGCGGGAAUGUGUUUUGCGUGGAUCGGCUGCGGGGGAAAGCGAGCUUCCCGGGAAACAACUACAAGCAUCUUGUAGUGAAAUUACUCACUCAUGCUUGCUUGUUUGAGACGUUUUUUUGUUUUGUUUUGUUUUUUUCUUCCAUGCGAUGCACAUAAACAGUCCAUGAGGGCAAUGUUUAAGGCUCAGUAGAGCAGAAGAAGAAGAUAAAUGGAUUAGUCUUAAUUUUAUCUUCUU